CAUUCGAUGAUUCCACUAUAUAGGAGAUAUAGCAUAAUUUCGAUCAUUUCGUUUAUUAAUAAAAAUAUAUAAUAUUAUUAAUAUUACACACAAUCAAUCAUGGCUGAUGCCGCUGCAAGACAGCUGCAAUAUGAAUAUAAAGCGAAUUCAAACUUGGUAUUGCAAGCUGAUGUGCGUUUAAUUGAACGUCCCCGCCGUGAUGAAGCCACUGGAGAAGUUGUGUCAUUGGUGGGCAAAUUGGAUGGCACUCGCAUGGGUGAUCGCUAUCAACGAUCCAAGCCAGAAAAAACAGAAGAACGCAAGGCAAAAAGACAGAAGCGUGAUGAAGCCCAAUAUGAUUUUGAGCGUAUGAAAGGUGCAACUCUUCUCUCUGAGGGUAUUGAUGAAAUGGUUGGCAUUGUUUAUCGGCCAAAAACUCAAGAAACGCGGCAAACAUAUGAAGUCUUGCUGAGUUUUAUUCAGGAAGCUCUAGGAGAUCAACCACGCGAUAUUCUCUGUGGCGCCGCAGAUGAAAUCUUGGCGGUAUUGAAGAAUGACAAAUUGAAGGAUAGGGAACGCAAAAGAGAAAUUGAUGGUCUGUUGGGUUCUGUAACAGAAGAGAGGUUUGCUUUGCUUGUAAAUUUAGGCAAGAAAAUCACAGAUUUUGGCUCAGAUGCAGUGAAUGCUUUAACGGCCAAUAUCAAUGAGGAGCAAAUUGAUGAGACUUAUGGAAUAAAUGUACAAUUUGAAGAAUCAGAAGAAGAAAGUGACAAUGAUAUGUAUGGAGAAAUUCGCGAUGAAGAUGGUCAAGAGGAGGGAGAAGAAGCAAAAAUUGAUCAUACUCUACAUGCAGAAAAUCUUCUGGCCGAGGAAUCUGUAAAUGUGAAAAAGGAACGUGGUUUACAUCCUCUUGAUAUAGACGCCUAUUGGCUGCAACGCUGCUUAAGUAAAUAUUAUAAAGACGCUAUGGUAUCGCAAAGUAAAGCAGCUGAUGUGUUGCGCAUUCUAAAGGAUGCUGCCGAUGAGAGGGACUGCGAAAAUCAACUUGUUUUGCUGCUGGGCUAUGAUUGCUUCGAUUUUAUAAAACAGUUAAAACUUAAUCGGCAAAUGAUUUUAUAUUGCACGAUGUUGGCCUCUGCCCAGACCGACAGUGAACGGCAGCGUAUACGGGAAAAGAUGCGAAAUGAUCCCAAAUUAGCUAAGAUUUUAGUCCAGCUGGACACCGGAAAAACCGAAGAUGACGAAGGAUAUGGAAACAACUCCAGAACGAGUAAAAUGGAUAAAUCACAAAUGGAUGAAGGUGGUCAGGGUACUGCAGGUCAGGUUGCUGGUCAAAGACAAGUUUUAGAGUUGGAGGAAUUGGCCUUCACCCAAGGUUCUCAUUUUAUGGCUAACAAACGUUGCCAACUGCCUGAUGGCUCUUUCCGUAAACAACGCAAAGGCUAUGAGGAAGUACAUGUGCCUGCUUUGAAACAGGUUCCAUUUGAGGAUAAAGAAGAAUUGCAACCCAUUGAUAAGUUGCCCAAGUACGUUCAACCAGUCUUUGAGGGUUUCAAGACACUUAAUCGUAUCCAAUCACGCCUGUGGAAAGCCGCAUUAGAAUCAGACGAAAAUAUGCUGCUUUGUGCUCCCACGGGUGCCGGUAAAACCAAUGUGGCAUUGUUGUGUAUGAUGCGCGAAAUCGGCAAGCAUAUAAACGAAGAUGGCACCAUUAAUGCCGAUGAUUUCAAAAUUAUCUAUGUGGCCCCAAUGAAGUCUUUGGUACAAGAAAUGGUUGGUAAUUUUGGGCGUCGUUUAUCGUCGUACAAUUUAACCGUUUCGGAAUUGACUGGAGAUCAUCAACUAACAAGAGAACAGAUUGCUGCAACUCAGGUUAUAGUCUGUACUCCCGAAAAAUGGGAUAUUAUUACACGCAAAGGGGGUGAAAAGACGUUUACUUCUUUGGUGCGUUUGGUAAUUAUUGAUGAAAUUCACUUGUUGCACGAUGAAAGAGGUCCAGUUCUGGAAGCUUUGGUGGCCCGUACUAUUCGCAAUAUUGAAGUGACCCAAGAGGAUGUACGCUUGGUGGGAUUAUCUGCCACAUUACCUAACUACCAAGAUGUUUCGACGUUUUUGCGUGUUAAGCCUGAUAAAGGUCUUUACUACUUUGACAACAGUUAUCGACCUGUUGCAUUAGAACAACAAUAUAUUGGUGUAACAGAGAAGAAAGCUUUGAAGAGAUUCCAAGUUAUGAAUGAAAUUGUCUAUGAAAAGACAAUGGAACAUGCCGGGCGCAACCAAGUAUUGGUUUUCGUUCAUUCUCGUAAAGAAACUGGUAAAACUGCUAGAGCUGUUCGCGACAUGUGUUUGGAAAAAGAUACGUUGGGUAGUUUCCUAAGAGAGGGCUCUGCUAGUAUGGAAGUUUUGAGAACUGAAGCGGAACAAGUUAAGAACACCGAGCUUAAAGAGUUGCUUCCCUAUGGAUUUGCCAUCCAUCAUGCUGGCAUGUCGAGAGUGGAUCGUACUUUGGUGGAAGAUUUGUUUGCAGAUCGACAUAUACAAGUUUUAGUUUCCACUGCUACAUUGGCGUGGGGUGUGAAUUUACCCGCUCAUACAGUCAUAAUUAAGGGUACUCAAGUUUAUAAUCCCGAAAAAGGUCGAUGGGUUGAGUUGUCUGCCUUGGAUGUAUUACAGAUGUUGGGUCGUGCCGGUCGUCCUCAAUACGAUACAAAAGGUGAAGGUAUCCUGAUUACUAAUCACAGUGAACUACAAUUCUAUUUAUCACUGCUUAAUCAACAAUUGCCGAUUGAGUCUCAAUUUGUUUCCAAAUUGCCGGACAUGUUGAAUGCUGAAAUUGUUUUGGGAACAGUACAGAACGUGAAAGAUGCUGUUAAUUGGCUGGGUUACACAUACCUAUACAUUCGUAUGCUACGCAAUCCCACCCUAUAUGGAAUCGGACAUGAUGCACUGAAAGAUGACCCCUUAUUGGAACAAAGGCGUGCCGAUUUGAUACAUACAGCCGCCCUGCACCUUGAUCGCAGUGGUUUGGUAAAGUAUGAUCGGAAGUCGGGACAGUUCCAAGUUACUGCACUGGGUAGAAUUGCAUCGCAUUAUUACUGCACCCACGAAACUAUGAUGACUUAUAAUCAGUUGCUGAAACAGACUCUAUCUGAAAUUGAAUUAUUCCGUGUAUUUUCAUUGUCAUCUGAAUUUAAACAUAUCGCUGUGAGAGAGGAAGAAAAGCUCGAAUUGCAAAAACUAAUGGAACGUGUACCCAUACCCAUUAAGGAAUCCAUGGAAGAGCAUAGUGCCAAGGUUAACGUACUUCUACAGGCAUAUAUUUCGCAAUUGAAGUUGGAAGGUUUCGCCCUGAUGUCAGAUAUGGUAUUCAUUACCCAGUCAGCGUCACGUCUUAUGAGGGCCAUAUUUGAAAUUGUUUUGCACCGGGGAUGGGCUCAGCUUGCAGAUAAAACCUUGACAUUAUGUAAAAUGAUCGAUCGCAGAAUGUGGCAGUCUAUGACGCCAUUGAGACAAUUUAAGAAAAUGCCUGAUGAAAUUGCUAAAAAAUUGGAAAAGAAAAAUUUCCCAUGGGAGCGUUUAUACGAUUUGGAACCCCACGAAAUUGGCGAAUUGAUUAGAGUACCAAAGUUGGGCAAAACUAUUCACAAGUUUGUCCAUCAAUUUCCUAAAUUGGAGUUGUCUACCCAUAUACAACCUAUAACACGAUCCACGCUAAGGGUGGAAUUAACAAUAACUCCGGACUUCCAGUGGGAUGAAAAAGUUCAUGGCAUGUCGGAAGGUUUCUGGAUUUUGGUAGAGGAUGUGGAUUCGGAAAUUAUAUUACACCAUGAAUUCUUUUUGCUUAAAGAAAAAUACUGUCAAGAUGAACAUCAAUUGAAAUUCUUUGUUCCGGUAUUUGAGCCUUUGCCACCCCAAUACUUUUUGAGAAUUGUAUCAGAUCGAUGGAUUGGUUCAGAAACCCAAUUACCCGUUUCGUUUAGACAUUUAAUAUUACCCGAGAAGAAUAUGCCUCCCACAGAACUUUUGGAUCUGCAACCGUUGCCCAUAUCGGCUCUACGUAAUCCCAAAUUUGAAGAAUUUUAUCGCGAAAAAUACCCUCAGUUUAAUCCCAUACAAACACAAGUCUUCAACGCCGUCUACAAUAGUGAUGAUAAUGUCUUUGUUGGAGCCCCUACCGGUUCGGGAAAAAUGACCAUAGCUGAAUUUGCAAUUAUGCGCUUGUUUUCACAACAAGCUGAUGGGCGCUGUGUUUAUUUGGUAUCUAAGGAAGAUUUAGCCGAUUUGGUAUUUGCAGAUUGGCAUACGAAAUUCGCUAACUUGGGACUGAAAGUAGUUAAACUCACUGGCGAAACAGGUACUGAUUUAAAAUUAUUGGCCAAGGGUCAGUUGAUAAUAACCACUGCUGACAAAUGGGAUGUGUUAUCGCGUCGUUGGAAGCAACGCAAAAAUGUGCAAAAUAUACAACUUUUUAUUGUUGAUGAGCUGCAAUUAGUGGGCGGUGAGGAUGGCCCAGUCCUGGAGGUUGUCUGUUCGAGAAUGCGUUAUAUUUCUUCACAGAUUGAAAAACAAAUUCGCAUUGUAGCUCUCUCAUCCUCGUUGGCUGAUGCCCGAGAUGUUGCUCAAUGGUUGGGUUGCAAUACAAAUGCCACUUUCAACUUUCACCCCAGUGUGCGUCCGAUCCCGCUAGAGUUACAUAUACAAGGUUUUAAUAUCACACACAAUGCCACUAGGAUUGCUUCAAUGUCGAAGCCGGUGUAUAAUGCUAUCUUGAAGUACAGUCCUCAUAAGCCAGUUUUAGUCUUUGUAUCUUCACGCAAACAGGCUCGCUUAACAGCCAUUGAUAUACUUACAUAUAGUGCUUCAGAUUUGCAACCGAAUCGUUUCUUCCAUGCCGAAGAGGAAGAUAUUAAGCCAUUUUUGGAUCGCAUGACUGAUAAGACGUUAAAGGAAACACUGUCACAAGGUGUGGCCUAUCUCCAUGAAGGCUUAACUGCAUCGGAUCACCGUUUGGUUGAACAACUUUUUGACUCAGGUGCCGUACAAGUGGCUGUCGUUGCUAAAGAUCUAUGUUGGGGCAUGAGUAUUUCAGCCCAUUUGGUCAUAAUCAUGGAUACGCAAUAUUAUAAUGGUAAAAAUCAUUCCUAUGAGGACUAUCCAAUUACUGAUGUACUACAAAUGAUUGGUCGUGCGAAUCGUCCCAUUGAAGAUGCCGAUGCCAAGUGUGUACUUAUGUGUCAAUCAUCGAAAAAGGAUUUCUUUAAGAAAUUGCUUAACGAACCGCUGCCCAUCGAAAGUCACUUGGACCAUCGUCUGCAUGAUCACUUUAAUGCCGAAGUUGUUACCAAAACAAUUGAGAAUAAGCAGGAUGCUGUCGAUUAUUUGACUUGGACAUUCCUCUACAGACGUCUCACCCAAAAUCCCAACUAUUAUAAUUUACAGGGGGUAACACAUCGUCAUCUUUCCGAUCACUUGUCGGAAUUGGUGGAGAAUACAUUAUCAGAUUUGGAACAAUCCAAAUGCAUUAGCAUUGAAGAUGACAUGGACACUUUGCCACUUAAUUUGGGCAUGAUUGCUGCGUAUUAUUAUAUCAAUUAUUCGACGAUAGAACUAUUCAGUUUGUCUCUUAACAGCAAGACCAAGGUGCGCGGUCUUUUGGAAAUUAUAUCUUCUGCAGCGGAAUAUGAAGAUAUUGUUGUAAGGCAUCAUGAAGAAAAUAUAUUACGUACAUUGUCUCAGCGUUUGCCAAAUAAAUUAACGGGUCCGAAUGAGACAGCACCCAAAUUUAAUGAUCCCCAUAUAAAGACCAAUCUCCUACUGCAGGCUCAUCUUUGUCGCCUUCAAUUAGGACCUGAGUUACAAGGUGAUACCGAAUUGAUUUUAGGAAAAGCAGUGCGUUUGAUACAAGCCUGCGUAGAUGUGCUCAGUUCAAACGGCUGGCUUUCGCCAGCAGUUGCAGCUAUGGAAUUGGCACAAAUGGUAACACAAGCCAUGUGGAGUAAAGAUUCAUAUCUGAAGCAGUUGCCACAUUUCAAUGCCGAUAUUAUAAAACGUUGCACAGAAAAGAAAAUCGAAACAGUUUUCGAUAUUAUGGAGUUAGAGGAUGAGGAUCGUUCUCGUCUAUUGCAACUGAGCGAUGCACAAAUGGCCGAUGUGGCUCGUUUCUGUAAUCGUUAUCCAAAUAUUGAGAUGAAUUUCGAAGUUGUUGAUAAAGAACACAUUAAUUCUGGAUCUACUGUCAAUGUUGUUGUGCAAUUGGAGAGAGAAGAUGAAGUAACUGGCCCUGUUAUAGCACCAUUCUUCCCACAAAAACGCGAAGAAGGCUGGUGGGUUGUCAUUGGUGAUCCAAAAACAAAUUCGCUGCUAUCAAUUAAACGUCUAACAUUGCAACAAAAGGCUAAAGUUAAACUUGAUUUUGUUGCACCCAGCCCUGGUCGCCAUGAUUAUACAUUAUAUUUUAUGAGUGACUCAUAUUUGGGCUGUGAUCAAGAAUACAAAUUCGACAUAGAUGUGGGCGAUUUCCAAUCAGAAAGUGAAAGUGAAUCGGAAUAAUUUCUAAUAUAAUAUAAUAAUAUAUGCAGUUCUUUUUGUAGACAUUUCUUCAA